AUAACCUUUUUUAGCAUUCUCAAGUCAAACAUAAAACACGUGUUAACUUACUUGCUUACAUGUUCUUGUUUUCAUAUUGUUUAAGAUUUUUUUCACGAUGAGUAAAGCGGAAGUAAUAACUUUUCAGGACCUCAAAUUGAAUUCAUGGCUUGCUGAUCAAUGUAAAAAUAUCGGUGUGAAAAAGCCGACACUGAUUCAACAAAACUGCAUUCCGGAAAUAUUGUCUGGUAAAGAUUGCAUUGGAUGUGCAAAAACUGGAAGUGGAAAAACUCUUGCAUUUGCACUACCAAUUUUACAGAAAUUGUGCGAGGAUCCGUAUGGAAUUUUUACACUGGUUUUAACACCAACGAGGGAAUUGGCUUUCCAGAUUGCAGACCAGUUUGCAGUUAUCGGCAAACCAAUCAAUUUAAAAAAAUGUGUCGUUGUCGGUGGAAUAGACAUGGUGGUUCAGGGUUUGGAAUUAUCAAAACGUCCACACAUCGUGGUUGCGACUCCAGGUCGUCUGGCAGAUCAUUUACAAAGCUGCGACACAUUUUCUCUGCAAAAAGUAAAAUUCGUAGUCUUGGACGAAGCUGACAGACUCUUGAGUGGUCAAUUUGAUGAGCAACUUCGGACUAUUUUUAAUGCCUUACCUAAGAAGAGACAAAAUCUGCUCUUUAGUGCUACCAUGACUGAUACUCUCGAAAAAGUGAAGCAGAUGACUUCCAAUGAAGUCUUUUUGUAUGAAUGCCAAGAUGACGCUGGAGUUGCAACUGUCAAAGAGUUAAAACAACAUUACGUGCUUUGUCCGAUAAAUGUUCGGGAUGCCUUUCUAGUGGAAGUAAUCAGGACUUUCAGAGAAACGUGUCAAAGUGGUUCAAUCAUAAUUUUCACAGACACCUGCAAGAACUGUCAGCUACUUUCCAUGACGCUUAACGAAGUUGGCUUCGAAAACGUGGCUCUGCAUGCAAUGAUAAAACAGAGGGAGCGUCUCGAAGCUUUGCACAAAUUCAAAGCGAAUCAAGUAAAAAUUCUAAUUGCAACAGACGUGGCUGCUAGAGGAUUAGAUAUUCCUCUUGUGCAAUUAGUUUUGAAUCAUACGAUACCCAAUGUGCCAAAAGAAUAUAUUCACAGAGUCGGUAGGACAGCGAGAGCAGGACGUGGUGGAAUGGCUGUUAGUUUAGUCACACCACACGACCUAAAAUUACUAAAAGCGAUAGAGGAAACUAUAGGAACCAAGCUAACUGAGUACAAAGUAGAUGAUAAGGAAAUCGUCACAAUCUUCACGCAGAUUUCAGUUACCAAACGCGAAGCAGAAAUUAGGCUUGACGAAACCGACUUUUAUGAAAAGAAGAUGAUAAAUAAGAAAAAGAAGCUUAUCCUGCAAGGGAUGGAUCCAGAUGAGGCUGAAGAGUUUCUUCAGAACAAAUUCAAGCUAAGGAAGCCAAAAAGGCAGAAAAUUAAAUCAGAAGAAGAACAAAGUGAGAGUGUGUUGAGUAAAGCAGAACCUGAUGAAAUUAAAUUAGGAGAGAAAGGGUCGGAUUCUUCUAAAAAAUGUGAAAAACAAGGAGAAAUAGAGAACCUUUAUCAAAGAAAAAAGGAGAAGAAAAAUAAAGUGAGUCAAGGUAAAAGUAAACUUAACAAACUUGCCUUACAUGAAAAAAAGUUGUCGGGCAAAGGUAAGAAAAUUAUGUUGAAUAGAAAGAAUUCUGAUGAGGCUGUAAUUUUACGGAAAAAUAAGAAUAGGCUGAAAAGAUUAAGAGGAAAAGAGUAAUAAAAUAUAUUAAAGUAAGGCUAAAAAAAUAUACAUUUGAAUGCUUUAAAGUGUUUAGUAUUUAUUCCUAAAAAAUUUAACCAUUGUGGUUGAGAGAAUAUUAUUUUUUAAAAGACGAUUGUAAGACUGAGUUAUUAAAGUGUAAAUAAAACAUGCAACAUAGAGGAACUAAUUAUACAUAUAAAUAAAAAGCAAAUUAGAAAA